AUGGCAGAAGCUCAGGUGGGGCUCCCGGGACCUUUCCCAAAGCCGCCGGUUGGGCCAUGCCCUGUCUCUGACUCCGACUCCGACUCCGAGGACGCGGCUACGGGUGGCACAGGACCGGGUGCUGGGGCGCAGAACCCCUCCCAGGUCAUCCACAGUGGCCACUUCAUGGUGUCGUCCCCGCACAGUGACUCACUGCCCCGCCGGCGCCACCACCGCACCGAGCCCGAACCGGCUGAUCCCCGGAGCAUUGACCCGACCCUCACCCGGCUCUUCGAGUGCAUGAGCCUGGAGUACAGUGGGAAGCUGGUGUCUCCAAAGUGGAAGAAUUUCAAGGGCCUGCGGCUGCUUUGCCGGGAUAAAAUCCGUCUCAACAACGCUAUCUGGAGAGCGUGGUACAUCCAAUAUGUGGAGCGGAGGAAGAACCCUGUGUGUGGCUUCAUCACCCCGCUGGAGGGGUCGGAAGCCGAUGAGCACCGAAAACCAGAGGCUGUCGUGCUGGAGGGCAACUACUGGAAACGCCGCAUCGAGGUGGUGAUGAGGGAGUACCACAAGUGGAGAAUUUACUACAAGAAGCGGCUCCGAAAGUCCACCCGGGAGGGAGAGCCCUCCAGCCCAAAGCGGGAUGAGGAUGUCUGGAGGCCAACGGAGAAAUGGUGCAACCAGCUCUUCUGCAACGUGGUGCCCAUGCUGCUUGGGGAUGAGGAAGAGGAGCCGGGGGGUAGGCAGCACUUCGACUUGGACACCUUCCUCUCAGACAUCUCUGACACCCUCUUCACCAUGACACAGACACCCAGCACCCACCAGGCACUCCCCGAGGAUGCGUAUGUUGGGAAUGCUGACAUGAUACAGCCGGACUUGGCACCCCUGCAGCCCAGCCUGGAUGAGAUGGAGAUCUCAGAUAUCUUCACUGGCCACCGGCCACCGCCAUCGCAGAUGCAACCAGGCUACCAGGAGCCGCCCUGCUUUGUGCCCAUGGCCGAGUCCCUGUUCGGUGGCGGGGAGUCCCUGAUGGGUGCACGGGGGCUGCCCGCCAGCCCUGAGGCCCCGCUCCCACCCGGCACCCUCCUCCAGGUGAGCGGGACCCCAGCCCGCGUCCCGCGGCUCCCCGGUGGCCCCAGGGCGAGGAGGCUGCCGGGCCCCCCCACACCGUCCCACCUGGCCGUGCCCAACCCCUGCCUGAGCCAGCUGCUGACCGCAGCCAAGCAGGAGCCGACCCUGGAUGCCCCACGCCCAAUGGGCGCAGGACUCGUGCCCGUGACCCCUGUCUCCCCGCAGAGCGCUGUCCCCGAUGUCCCUGCUGCCUUCCUCUCCAGAAUGGCCCAGCUGAGCCCAGGACUGGCUCCCGGCUCCAGCCCUUCCCAAGCAGUGCCGGUGCCGGUGCCGGGCACCCAGCCAGGCCCGCUGCUGGUCCCCAAGGCAGAGCGGCUGUCCCCCACGUCGGCUUGCGGCAGCGACUGGCUCAAGCCUGGCCAGGCUUCCCCAGGAACCGCCGUGAGGCUGGGCGCUGGCAUCUCCCUGCACCAUCCCGGGUCCCGUCAGGGCAGGCCUGAGUCCAGCAAGAUGGAGAGCCGCCGCAUCACGCACAUCUCUGCCGAGCAGAAGAGACGCUUCAACAUCAAGCUGGGCUUCGACACGCUGCACAGCCUGGUGAGCACGCUGAGCGCCCAGCCCAGCAUCAAGGUCAGCAAGGCCACCACCUUGCAGAAGACAGCCGAGUACAUCUGCAAGCUGCAGCAGGAGCGGGCAGCCCUGCAGGACGAGGCGCAGCGACUGCGGGAGCAGAUCAAGGAGCUCAAUGGCUCCAUCAACCUGUGCCAGGAGCAGCUGCCGGCCACGGGGGUGCCCAUCACGCGCCAGCGCUUCGACCACAUGCGCAGCAUGUUCGACGAGUACGUCCGCUCCUCCACGCUGCAGAACUGGAAGUUCUGGAUCGUAUCCUUUGGGGCCAGCUUCAGUAUCAUCAUCCGGCCCCUCUUUGAGUCUUUCAACGGCAUGGUCUCCACGGCCAGCAUGGAGAGCCUCACCCAGACAUCUCUCGCCUGGCUGGACCAGCACUGCUCCCUCCCAGCGCUUCGGCCGACCGUCCUGAGCUCCCUCCGGCAGCUGAGCAUUUCCACCUCCAUCCUGAGCGACCCGGCCUGCGUCCCCGAGCAGGCGACGCAGGCAGUGGCGAGGAUGGGCCAUGGCAGCAGCUCCUCCUAG